AUGAGGCAUAGAACGACUUUUAUCCACUCUCGUGGCAAGGAUAAUGGCAUUGAAUCCCUCAAUUCGACGUAUGUGGAAGUUGUUCCGGGAUCGACGCGUGAGGACAGACUUACAUAUGAUGCACCUUCCUAUUCACAUAUAAGUUCGCUUAGAAUCCAAGUGAUCAAGCCAUUUCAGCGGACGCCGCAAACGGCGCCAUUUUCUUAUGACUACCAGAUUGGUCUGCAUAUCUACAUUGUUCCUAAGGCUGUACCGGAAGUCAAUGAGCGCCAAAACUUCUAUGCUCAAGUAAAUAGCUUGUUAAAGGAAACCUUUGACAUAGAACUUGAGGAGAAGGACUGGAUUCUUUCGUUGAACUCUUUAUAUUAUCACACAGAUGAAUACUUGAAGCCCCAUGGGAAUUUUGCAGGGAAAUUGCCUGCUGAAUGGGAUGCUCUUGACUGCUCUAUCACUGAAGGCACAGCUGUGGUGAAGUCAUUUCAAGCGCUUCUGAACGAUUUGCAAGUUGAUGCUGGUACCUCUGGAGAGUACAAGGAAGUUGGCGUCUUCGGCAUUGAGCUUUUCACCACCCGUGACGACUUAGUUCUUUCAGGAGCCAGAGUUGUUUUUAACGAUGAUGAUGGAGAUACUCUGGAAGACGAAAAUAAGUUUGUCCACAGAACUUUGUUUCAUGUCAAGCCAAGACAUCGCCAGAUUUCUAGUGUCCCCAUUGAGUACGUUCCCAACGGGCUCCAUCCAAUCAUUUCCUUGAAAGAGUCUCCAAAAAGACCGGAGGACGAUGAUCUUCGAUUGUGCAAGCUCUAUUAUUAUGCUGCCCUCAACAAGAAUGUUUUCUUUGAUCGCUAUCAGACCCCUGAAGCACUCACAACCCUCACAGUAUUCGGCACCACGGACUUGGAACUUCCCGAGUAUCUGGUGAGUGGCUGGGGAAAUGAAAUACUCAUGGAGGUUGAUCCUGAUGCACAAUUUCCCAUUGAUUUGACAUUGCACACGCGUUACCAGUUGCCAAAAAACGACUCUGGGUAUACCGACGUAAUAAUCGAGAAGCCUCUUCUUUUCUAUGGAUGUGAAACAGGCUCAGAUUCGUAUUUGUUGAAGAAUUCGCCAUUCGAUAACAAAGCUGUCAUCGGGGGUGGUUACGAAAAGUUUUUCACCGAUGAUACUGUAUUCUACAGGGCACUGGAGCCUGGGGCAGUAACUAUCACCGUACCUACUGCCCACGGCAGUGCCAACUGGGUAAAUUUGGUCACCAUGCUCUCAGUUUUGUUGGGAAUAUACAUUAUUGUAUCCAAGGUGUUCGGAGUCAGACGGAAUGUGGAAACUAUCAAAAAGAACCAGUAA